AUGCGUCUAUGGCUCCCGUUACGGGCAAAAUACCUGGACGCUCUCAUAUGCCAGGACGCACUUCCAACAGAUGUACCGGUUGCAUGUGUGUUGUGCCACGCCAAGCAGAACGCUGGAACCUAUAAAUGCACGGACUGCUUUCGCGAGCGGCUCUUAUGUGCCGCUUGCAUGGUACGUACUCAUGAACGUCUGCCGCUGCAUCAUGUCCAGGCUUGGAAGGACGGUCACUUCAGCAAUACAUCCCUUCGGUCCCUCGGCCUGGCAGUUCAACUGGGGCACAACGAAGGCGAUAGCUGCGUGCAAUCUGAACGUCCCUCCAAAGAUUUUGUGGUAUUUGACUCUGAUGGAUAUCAUCACGUCGAUGUCCGCUUUUGUGGAUGCAGUCAUCGCUCGCAUCAGGAACAGUUGUUGGAAGUCGGCUGGUAUCCUGCAUCUACGAGGCGCCCGUCCACCGCGUUCACCUUCCGCUUUCUGGAUACGUUCCACCGGCUCACUUUGCAAGGCAAGAUUACUCUCCACGAUUACUACACAAGCGUAGUGCAACGAACCAAUAGUGCCGGCCUAAUACCUCCGAUUUAUCGAUAUCACGAAGCGUGCCUGGUGACCCGGCAAUGGGCAAUGUUAAUGAUGUUCAAGAGAGCAGGCCGCGCACAUGAUCCGCAAGGCGCAGAGGCGACGCCGAAGGGCGGGCUCGCGCUCAGGUGUCCUGCUUGCCCAAUUCCGGAGGUCAAUCUCCCUGAAAAUUGGGAUUCAAUGCCUGAAGAGCAAAGAUGGAAGUACAGUUCGUUCAUCGCGCUAGACGCAUGUUUUCGGCUUAAGUUGAAGGACCGCGAAAUCGACGACCCAGAGCUCUGCUCAGGUCUGGCAUACUUCGUAAACGAAGACGAGUAUCAAGAUCACCUGCGGGAGACUGCAGACGAGCCUGAGGAGCCUAGUUCUUCCUGCGACACGAACUUCAACGCAAUCACGCAACUUAACACGAAGAACAGUGGCGACAAAUAUGCCGUCUCGGGGGUCGUUGCCGCCAAAUGCGGGCGCCACGCACUCAUCCUUCCAAAUGGUGUUGCGGAUCUGAAGAAAGGUGAAAGAUAUGUUAGCACGGACUGGGUUUUCUGGUCUUCUCUGCUCGCUAUCGGCAUGACGCUCGUCGUUUUGUCAUACGACAUUGCGUGCAAAUGGUCGCUUCACCUCAAGGAUCGCGUCAAACCGUUCUCGUCGACUUUUGGCAAUGUCGUAAAUGCGACGAUUCGGUUUUUCAUUCCGAGCCUUCACAUCAUUGCGCACGGGCCGAAAUGCCGUUGCACCUUCAGCUUCAGCUUCAAUCGCUGGGUCGGGCGUACACACGGCGAGACGAUUGAGCAGGAGUGGGCGCAUAUCGGCGCCGUUGCUACUAGCACGCGAGAAAUGGGACCCGGUGCACGACAUGCAACACUGGACGACCAUUGGCAUUUCUGGAACUUUCGCAAGAUUGUCGCCAUGGGUUCUAGUUUUCGUGUCGCUUUGAAGAAGACCUUGGCCGAAAGAGACCUCCACCGCCGCAUCUUAGACGAGAAGGCCGAAUGUCAGUCACCGGAGAAGAUUGCGGAAUGGGAGGCGGUCGUAAACGCAUGGGAGAAGGAUCAUUCGAAGGAGAAUCCGUUCGAGGACGGCGAUGACACUCUUACAUUCUCCGAGGUCCGCUUGAAGCUUGCACAAGAAGAAAGUCGUACGGCACGCGAUGGCGCUCUUCAUGAAACUACCGGGGCCACACUGAUACGCAACCUCCUUGUUCUAGAGGAGAAACAGCGUCAUCUUCUCGCCGAUAUGAAAGCAGCUACGAAGUCGCGUACAACUGGUGAUGUCCAAGCCGCGUUACAGGAGCGCCGUAUGGCCCUUCGCCGUUCCCUGCAGCAAGCAUACUCCGUGCAAGACGUCUACAUGCCCGCCGCCAUAGAGCAAAGGGAGAAAGUGUUACACGCCGCCGAGCUCGAAGACAAGGUCCUUGAGCCGGAACGCAUGCCUAUUGUUCUGCCUUCGACGCUCUCCGAAGAAGAGCGAGUUAACGGCUGUCUGCGGCAUGUCGUAGCCCAAGAGGCGGCGUUACGUGAGGCGAAGGCCGACGACUACUUGCUUUGCCUUCGUCGACAUCGCCGGGCAUGGGUGGCACUUCUGCGCCGUUACAAGGUCAAUCAGGGCCCCCGCAGCGGCGUGUAUAACACACGCAACCGCAGUGUCCUCUCCUCGCUCCAGAGAAAAAUCGACAGAGCCGUCGAAGGAUAUCGCAUUUCGUAUCACGCCCUCAAGAAGCUACAUCCGAACGGCGACUGGAGCCGCCGACUUCGCCCGCUCCUUGACAGCGACAUCACCGGCCCUGGAAUUGAGCCGGACUCCGGUGUUUCGCAUCGGCACUACGUCGAAUCCUGGAUCUGGCGCGUUCGGCCCAAGCACGGCAUCGCUGGCCGUGAACUGAACGAAGAGGAGGCAGCAGAUGAACACGAAAGAAGAGAAUGGGCACGGCAGUACGCACGUUUCAAACGAUGUGAAGAAGAAGUCGUCUUGCUGGAGGAGGAAAUGCGUCGUGUUCUCGUGACAUUCAACUGGAAGGCUCUGUGGUGGGAAAGUCAGAUUGGUCGCCGCACUGUUGAAGACUCACGUCUAAUGAGGGGACUGAGCGCCUACGCCCGGCACCAAGCAGCGAUUCAGCGGGGGAUGAUUGCUGCAUGCGCGACACAAUGGAAGCCGGUUUUGACCGGAGCGAACCUUGGUGGUGACUGGAUUAACAAGUGGCCGACCCUCCCGGUAUGUCUCGCGUCAAUUUCUCUCCUCUUAUUCAUUCAUUCUAUGUAG